AUGGCUCCUCCUGCCUGCAGAUAUGCUACCUUGAGCUACGUGUGGGGUGGCACUGCUGACAACUAUGCAUUGGCAACAACAAGCAACAUCCGAGCACUGGAGGAAGAAGGCUACCUAUUUAAGCAACCUCUACCGGCGACUAUUAGGGAUAGCAUCCGUGCCUGCAUCGAAUUGAAGAUACGGUACCUCUGGAUCGACAGACUGUGCAUUGUGCAAGACGACACUGCUGCCGUGAAAAAUUCACAGAUCAAUGCCAUGGGUGAUAUAUACAGCCAUUCUUACCUUACAUUAGUGGAUUUAGAAGGCGCCAACAUGGAUCACGGUCUCCCCGGGGUCUCGCAAGCAAGAGCAGUCCGUAUGACCUAUAAGAUACCAGGGAUGAGCCUAAGAAUCAUAGAUGAAGAAUAUCCCAAGCUCGUCAAGAAAUCAAAAUGGAAUUCCCGCGGCUGGAUAUUUCAGGAGGCAAUGUUGUCGCCAAGAAUGCUGAUGUUUGCAAAUGUAGGUGUAUAUUUUGAGUGCUCACAAGGUUAUCAGGAAGAUAGAUUUGCCCGAAGGCCGAAAGAGGAAUAUAGGUUAUUAUUGUUCAACAAGAACAAACGAUACCAUCGUAUAGUGCAGGACUUCACUUCUAGAGACUUUACCUUCAGUGCGGAUAUUCUCAAGGCAUUAUCUGGCGUCAUGCAUUCGAAAUUUGGCACGGAGCAUUACUUUGGCCUACCAUACUCUGAAUUUUUGGGGGGGAUGCUCUGGUCUCCCCGUGGACUCUCUGCUCUCGAAACGCCAGAGGUCAGAAGUACAGAAACCGGUGAUAUAUUUCCAACCUGGUCGUGGUCUUCUGUGAUAACACCCGUUGAGGUUUAUUCAGGCGCAGGCAGAGGCUCGUUUGUAGUGCCCGGUAUCAUGCUGGGUGCGUGGGGCAUCCCAUCUUCGAAGACUAAAAAAUUGGUGCACAUAAUCCCGUCUCAUAAUCCGAGACCGUCAUGGUAUGAGCCUCAAUCGUAUGAAGGGAUUGGCAUCGCAUUGAUGUGGAAGGAAGGCUGCUUUCCAAAGCCAUCGCCGUCCAUGCUGAAUAUCAGCACCACCUGGAAAAAUUUAUUGGCUCUAAUUAUGUCCAGAUGGGCGUCAGCUAAUAAGCUUAUUGAGGAAGCACUUGGGAUAGCAAGUAGCUCGGGGAAGAUGCAUUUCGAGAGAAUGUCUUGCUUAUUCUACAUGGAAAAUGCCGAUCAGCCGGGAGCAUUGCUAUCACAUACACAAUCAAUCCAUGCUCAAAUUGUCAAGCGUGGAGACCAAGAGUGCCCAAGCCCUGCCAUCGAAGGAUACGUGCAUCUAAUCUUGCACAGCAUCAGUGAAAUCGAGGUAGACUUGUGGAUACGGCCUAACCCUCUCCAUUGGCAAUUUCUCGACCAUGAUUACAGCACGGAUCAUUGUACCAAAGUGGAUGUACUUGCUCUCUCAAUGAUGUAUGAGAAAUGCGAUACUUAUCGCUUCCCAGACGAAUGGGGCUUGUGGUAUGAUUCCGAGGGAAGCUUCCUCGGCUCAGAUGAAAAGACUAUGGUGAAAUUCGUUGUCAAUGUAUUGAUCGUCGAAACCCGAGAUGGACUCAGUCGGCGAGUGGCUAUAGGUGCAGUCGAGCUUCAUGACUGGAUUGCUGCGUCGCCUGAUUAUCGGAACUUCACUCUGGUCUAG